ACCUAACCCCACCCACAAACACAAACAUCAGUCAAUCAAAAGCCGAAAUUUUGUUUUUCUGUUUCGCCGUCGUAAAAAAAAAGUUACAAAAGUGUUUUUCUCCAAUUUAUGGGAAUGUUUUGACUAGAAUUUAUCAUUCCUAAUCAAAGGGACUAUACUAAUUAUUGUGUGUUAAAAGUGUAACGAUUUGUGUAACUUUUGUGCAUUUCCAUAGUGAUUGUAUUCGUCUAACUGUUCCCUGAGCGAAAGAUUUUUUGGUGAGUCAGCAGCCCAAGAUAAGAUAACGACCGAUAGCGAUGUGGAAAUCGACGGCCGGCCGCGACAUCGAUGUGGGCAUUGCCCCCGAAGCCGAUGACGACUGGGAAACGGAUCCGGACUUUGUGAACGACGUCAGCGAACAGGAACAACGAUGGGGAUCGAAAACGGUGGAGGGAUCGGGUCGAAGUGCGGCCGCCAUCGACAUGCGCCAGCUGCGGGAGGAAACCGAGCGGGCCGACAAGGAGAAGAAGCUGAAGGAUGGACCGAAAUCUUCCCACGGGUACGGAGGAAAGUUUGGCGUGGAGAAGGAUCGAAUGGACAAAUCGGCGCUGGGGCACGAUUACGUGGGCAAGGUGGAGAAGCAUGCCUCCCAGAAGGACUAUUCGACCGGGUUUGGGGGUAAGUUUGGCGUGCAGUCGGACCGGGUGGACAAAUGCGCCGCCACUUGGGAGCACAAGGAGAAGGUGGAGAAGCAUGCCUCGCAGAAGGAUUACUCGACCGGAUUCGGGGGCAAGUUCGGGGUGCAGACGGAUCGCGUGGACAAGUCGGCCCUGGGAUGGGACCAUGUGGAGAAGGUGGACAAGCACGAGUCGCAGAAGGACUACAGCAAGGGUUUCGGGGGGAAGUUUGGAGUGGAGGCCGAUCGGCAGGAUAAAUCUGCGGUUGGGUGGGAUCACGUGGAAGCGCCGCAGAAGCACGAGAGUCAGCUAGAUCAUAAAGUGGGCUUCGGAGGCAAAUUUGGCGUCCAGAGCGAUAGGAAAGACAAGUCGGCUCUGGGCUGGGACCACGUCGAGAAGACCGAAAUGCACGAGAGUCAGGUCGAUCACAAGAUUGGCUUCGGAGGAAAGUUCGGAGUGCAAAGCGAUCGGAUGGACAAAUCGGCCCUAGGGUUCCAGGAGCAGGACAAAAUCGGCACUAACUAUACUAAAACUAAGCCGGACAUUGGAUCGGCAAAGCCUUCCAACAUCCGGGCUCGGUUCGAGAACUUUGCGAUGGCUGCCGAGGAGGAAACGCGGAAGAAGGCCGAGGAGCAGAAGCGAUUGCGUCUGGAGAAGGACAAGAAGGACCGAGAGGAAGCGGCCAAGCGGGCGAACAAUGCCGAAACGGUAGAGCCUAAGAAGCCCGAGCGGAAGGGCCCAAUCAAUACAGGUCGGGAGCAGGGAGUCGGAAGUGCUAUCAGCAACUUCAACAAACAGCCUGACACGCCAACGGAGCCUAUCAGGAAAGAACAGAUCACACUGCCAAAGGAAGAAUCCCGUCCGGUCGUCCAACCGGAUGUCAUCCCAACGAGUGCCGUUCCGGCUGUACAACGACCUGAGCAACCACCUUCACCCGCACCAGCAGCCGUUGCCGAAGAAGAGCCACCCAUCGAGACUCCACCGGUCGCUAGGAGUCUACCCGUGGCGGUUGAACCGGAACCAGAACCAGAACCACAACCGGAACCCACGCCAGAGCCUGUGGCACCGGUUCAGGUAGCACCUCCAGCGGCAGCUCCCGAGCAGGAAGAACCGGAAGAGUUUAUCCUGUCGGCGGACAAUCCGGGCGUGCAGGCCAUCGCCCUGUACGACUAUCAAGCCGCGGCCGACGAUGAGAUUUCCUUCGAUCCGGACGACCGAAUCACGCACAUCGAAAUGAUCGACGAGGGCUGGUGGCGAGGAUUGUGUAACAAUCAGUACGGGUUAUUCCCGGCCAAUUACGUGCAACUGAUUCAGUAAAGUACGUCGGUCACGUCGGACAGAAGACCCCUCUCGGAAUCGCUCAAAGCACUCGACGAUUUUCAUCUUUUCGUUUUACGUUUAUUUUAUAGCUGAACCUUUGCAUUAAAUUAUUAUUUUUUAUGUGAAUUGCAUCCCCAGAGAGCACUCGACGAGCAUUUAUAUAGGUAUUUACAGUUUAUAUGUACACCCAAGAAGACGAACGCGAGGAGUUUCACAUUCCUUCAAGAUGAUUAUUUUUUCCGUUAUAGCUCAAGCGUAACUCUAUUUUCUUUUUAUCCAAACGACAUUUUAAAGCUAAAACGAUCAUUGAUUAGAUAAAACAAUUGUUAGGCACACUCACGAAUAAAUCUUCCCUAAAGUCUUAAAGUUGAAUGACUUUACUAUAGUUCUUACGCAAAAGACUCCUCUACUUAGAAAUCACAUCCCAUGUGCAAAGUUUAGGAUAUCGUAUUCGAUCGAACGAUACUGGAGUGGAUGGUAUAGCGAUGCACCCUCGUUGAAACAGACGGUCACCCAAUCACCCGCAAUACACUCUAGUGUAAUUUGUUCGAUUUGUUCUAUAUAUCACCUGUACUAAUUAUAGGAUAACAGUGACAAUUGAA